AUGCUGCCGGGCGCCGGCCGUGGGGUGCGGGGGGGUCCCCAUUUUGGGUGCUUCGGUCCCUCCAGGCCUGAAGCACCCGAGGGCAAACCUGAGCUCUGCACGGGACCCCCGGUCCUGGGGGGCUCCCAGGGCCCCGGCACCGCUGAGCCCCCGCUGGGGACUCCCAGCCCAAGCCCCAACGGGGUCCCCAGCACCGCUGCACCCGGGACCCCCCCACCCUGGGGGUGCCUUUGGGACCCGGGGGACCCCCGGCCUCGCCGGCCCCUCCCGCCGGGCCGCGGUCCCUGCAAUGCCGCCUGCGUCCAGGGUGGGAGCUGUGCUCCGGGCCGGGCCGGGCCGAGCCGGGCGGCGGGGGAGCGCCGCGUCCCGCACCGAGAGCCCCGCACCGGGACCGCACCGGGACCCCUCACCCAGCGCCGGGGCAGGUAA